GAUUUAAAGUAACACCAUAUGUACCCAACCCUAUGAGCGAUGUUUUUUAUCUUAAUAUUAAUUUCACAGAUGCGAACAGACUUGAAUUCACAGAUUUAACGAGUCAAAUAAACUUACCAUUAACAAUAUUUCAUGAUUCUGAAUUAGGAGGUGUUAAUAAAGAUUUAAUAUUUAUUAUAGGAGGUGUAAAUUGGAAAGAUCCAGACACAAGUCACGUUUAUAGUCUUAAUACUAAAACAAAUGAAUUAAGUGUGCCUAUAGUUCAAGGAAAAGUCCCACCGUCACGCAAAGGAAUGUCUUCUGUUAUCUAUGAAGGAAAAUUUUAUUUAUUUGGUGGUCAAGCUGCUACUACUGGCAUUAAUACUUUAUAUUUUAAUGAUUUUAAUAUUUUUGAUACUAUUAAUUUAAAUUGGCAAGUUGGUAGCUUAGUUAAUUCUCCAACUGCCAGAAUCUUACAUUCGGCUACAAUAGUUAAUGGAGUUAUUUAUUAUAUUGGUGGCAAAACACAAGUUACCGUUUAUCCUCCAUUAACCGAGAUCUAUCAAUAUGAUAUUGUAGGAAAUACAUGGUCUUUAAAGGAAGCUACGGCUGCGGACCCAAAGUUUAUGCCAGGAUCUAGGGCUGGUCAUACUUCCAUUUUAAUUGACGGAAAAAUUGUCAUCUAUGGAGGAUUUUUUUCUUCUGAUGAUAUACAAAAUAAAUUACCAGCUAAAGAAACGAUUGCGAUAUUGGAUGUUAAUACAUUAGUAUGGUCAAUACCAGAAUUUGAUGCUAGGGUAGAUAAUCCUAUUCCGAAACUUUUUCUUCAUACUGCUACGGCAGUAGGUGAAGUUAUGUUUAUCGCUUUUGGAAAUUUUACGGACAAGCCAGAUGGUUUUGAUCAAACUAAUAAAGAUAUUUAUAUAUUUGUUUUUGGUUAUCCACAAAUUUUUUCGAGUAGUUUAUCCUUAAUUAAGAAUAUGGCUAAUGCUAAUGAAGCACAACCACAAAUUCCGACUUCUACAAAUACCAAUAUAAACCCACAACAACCUUCCUCAUUAAGUAAAGUGGUAAUAGUUGGUAUAUCAAUUGGUUCAGUAUCACUUGUUUUAACAAUACUCUCAGUAUUAUCAAUAGCUCACUAUAAACGUACGAAGAAAAGUAAAGUACAAUUAGGAGGUGUACCCAAUGAUCCGAACUCAGUUGAAAUUAAUGAUGACAAAUCUCAUUCUGAAUAUCAACAACAAGAUCCUCCUACUAUUUUAACUGAAUCUCCAUAA